GUUCGGCAAAACAAUUGGAAAUACAGAAUUAAGUAAUGGCAUUGUACAAGACGACCCGGAGAUAAUCGCCCAACAAACUGAUAAAGUUGAUAUUUUGCUGCAAUGCAUUAAAACCGCAACUGAAGAAGCGGCUUGGAUUUAUGGGCAAGUAUUGUGCCAAAUGAUACGUGAUUUAGUGCCACCUAAAGAAAUAUUGACGAAGGUCAUAAAGGAGUUCUUAGCAAUAAAUCAACCACACAGCGAUGUUAUUGCCAUGAUUGUAUUUCAGGUUUUCCGCUCGGCCAUUGAUUCUUCAUUUUUACAACAAUUACAAGAUUGGCUCACCUGCUCAUUGCCCACGUUUUUAGCGUUGCCCGAACAGAAAGCAGUCUGGAGUCUGAGUGUUGUAUUUCUUUCGGCUUCUAUAAAUCUUCAUUUAAUGAAACUAUUUCCGUUGCUGUUGAGUGGCAUACCAACACCAACAACAUCUGUAACAGUAACAACAACGACAGCAGCAGCAGCAACUAGUAAAACACCAACAACAUCAUCAGCAAAUAAUACAAGAAUGAAUUGUGAAAAAUUGGGUCAUCACGAAAUUGCAUUGUUCGUGACAUCUGCUCAGGAUUUCUAUGCAAAAUUGGGCAAUGAACAAAAAGUACGUUUUCGCGAUGCCUUCAAGGAAUUUCAUCAUAUUAAAGUCUACAACAAGAUGUUACAAAGUCUAUAACAACACUAACAACAGCUAAAAAUUAUCAACAUCACCAUCACCACCCAAAAGCAGAAAAAAAACUCAACAUAAUGAAAAAUUAUAAUGUAUGGGUAUACUUACUUACGCGAUAUUUAUGUAAAUUGUGUGUGAGUGUUACUAUGGUCCUGUGGAAAAAGAAAAUGUUAAUGUUUUUAACUUAAAUUCUGUUCGAACAUUUUUUAAAAAAACAGGAAUUUUCUACAAAAAUAAGAAAUUUUUAAAAAUUUAAUAUUAAAAGGAAAUUUUUCGAAUAAAAUUUCUAUAA